AUGAAGAUCCAAUAUCAUUUUCCGGGCGGCUCAGGAACUCCGGAGCGUGCGCAGGCAGUUACCGAUGCCUUCAGACGGGUUUAUGGCGAGUACGAGAAGUAUUGCUUCGGAAAAGACGGUCUCCAGCCAAUUGCGAAGACUUGUGACGACGGUUCCCUGUGGGGUUUUGGUGGAACCAUCAUUGAUGGCCUCGAUACCGCAAUUGCUAUGAACCUUACAGAUAUCGUGGCGAAGGGUCUUGAAAAUACUGCGAAGGUGGACUUCUCGAAAGCGACCGUUCUGGUUGAGCUCUUUGAUGCGAAUAUCAGAAUCAUUGCAGGAUUGCUGAGUGCCUACGAUCUGCUGAAAAGCGGGAUGUUUUACAACGACUACCCUGAAGAUCAAAUAGAUGCACUCUUGACAGGUGCCAAAACAUUAGCAACCAGCCUCAAGCCAUGCUUCGACACCCCAUCUGGAAUCCCGGCUUCAUUCACAAACUUCACAAGUCAGCAGCCCGUUGAUGGACCUCGUUACACAUCCCCAGAUCAAGCACCAUUCGAUGGGAAGUCCCAUAGGGCACAAAAUACUGCAGUAGCUGGUACCUUGAUACUGGAGUAUUUCCGCCUCUCGGAUCUCACAGGAGAUGAUUCCUUUGCGACAUUGGCACGCAAAGCAGAGUCUCAUCUAAUCAAUCCGAAACCUGCUCCAAAGUUUCCAGGGCUCGUUGGUGGCCAAGUAAGCACUGAUACUGGAGAAUUCCUUGACUUCAACUUCGGAUGGCAGAGCGGGGUUGAUAGCUUCUUCGAAUAUCUAAUAAAGAUGCACGUCUAUGAUCCGGAACAGGACAGGAACUCAGAGUACUUGGAUUUCUGGACCUUAGCAGUAGAGUCCAGCAUGAAACAUGACAUAGUUUCUCCAUACGGCUUCGCCAAUCUCAAGUUCUUGAGCAAUACUGAUACGAUAGGGAAUCUCAAGUAUAGUAUAGAUGACUACACAUGUUUUGCAGGGGGAAAUUUCUUGCUUGGUGGCGCUUACUUGGGGAGACAGGAUAUAAAAGAUGCAGGAAUUGCUCUGACUGACUCCUGUCACCAAGCAUACAACACUACUCUCACGGGCCUAGGACCACUGACCUUAGCGUGGUACAAUGAGAAUAAUACUGCUUACAAUCUCGAUUACAACAACGACAGUACCCUUCGUAAAUAUGCCGCUAAGAAUGGCUACUUCAUUCCUCCCGAAGGCUUCUCAGCAGUGUACUUCUCAUUCCCUGAGACCAUCGAAUCCAUCUUCUAUGCUUGGCGUAUCACGGGAGACCGGAGAUGGCAAGAGUACAAUUGGGAAAUCUUCAACGCUCUGAAUACUACUCGCUCGGCUGACAUCCCGUACUGGGAGAUUCUGAACGUGAAUAAACCAUAUGGUGGGGGUGCAUGGAACUCUCUUUCCACAUACUUCUUUGCCGAGACUCUCAAGUAUCUUUACUUAACCUUCACGGAUCCUGAGGUCAUCAGCUUGGAUAGAUUUCAGUUCAAUACUGAGAGCCACCCGUUCCUCGUCCAGCGGGGUACAUGUGCUGUCGACCGCCACUCAGGUCACGGCACCUCUGGAGGCUACAAACAGAACAUUGAUGAUGGCAGGGUGGAGCUAUGAAGAUUUGUGAUUGACAAAGACCGCUGCGAGUGUAACGUCAACGUUCCCCGCAUUUGAAUUUGCCCCGCCAAUACACGUCGUAGUAAACGGCGUAUCUCCACAAACAGCCCUUGCAGCCCGAACACAUCCCUCCCAUCUCCCUUUCGUGAUGUUGAUCACCUGGCCAGCAGUGGCAACAGUGAGUGUAAACUUCGCUGUCCCAGAUGCGCCGGUGGUAGUUGUAGGAUCUCCUGCGCAUUGUUCAAUCUUCCCCGCUAUCCCUCCACAUAUCUGGAGAAGUGCGACAUUGAUAUCGUGUGAUACGAGGGUUCUGACUGCAUUAGCAUUGAUGGAGUUUGAGUAUUGGUAUGCAUACUUCGUUUUGUCUGUGCAGUUAGUUCCUUUAAUUGCAGCGGGGUUGACAGAUGUGUUUGCAGGCUCUGGAACUCGGCCAGCGAG